UAGCCAAAAACUCUUACAUGUUGACAAAAAGCUCAUUGGGAUGGAUUAUCAUUUACAAAAAAUGGAAGAAAUUUUUCCACAGAUGAUAAACCCAUUAUCAAAUGAUGUUUGCAUGGUUGGGAUCUAUGGAUUUGGAGGAAUUGGUAAGACAACCAUUGCCAAAGUUUUAUAUAAUCGAUUUGCUGCACAAUUCAUGAUUACUAGCUUUCUUGCUAAUGUUAGAGAGGAUUCCAAAAGUCGGGGCCUACUUCCUUUGCAAAAACAGCUCCUUAAUGAUAUCUUACCAAGAAGGAAGAAUUUUAUAAGCAAUGUUGAUGAAGGGAUCCGUAUGAUAAAAGACAGGCUCUGCUUUAAAAAGGUCCUUCUUGUGCUUGAUGAUGUUGAUGAUUUGAACCAACUGGAAGCCUUAGCUGGUGAUCAUAAUUGGUUUGGUCUAGGAAGUAGAAUUAUUGUAACAACUAGAGAUAAACAUCUAUUAGAGGUGCAUGAAAUGGAUGCAUUAUUUGAGGCUAAGAAAUUAGAUCACAAGCAAGCUACUGAACUCUUUAGUUGGAAUGCUUUUAAACAAAACCAUCCCAAAGAAGAUUAUGAAAAACUUUCAAACUCUGUGGUACAUUAUGUUAAUGGACUUCCGUUAGGUCUUAAAGUUUUGGGUUGUUUUCUAUAUGGCAAGACAAUAAGUCAAUGGGAAAGUGAAUUGCAUAAAAUGGAACGAGAACCUAACCAAAAAAUUCAACAUGUGCUUAAGAGAAGUUAUGAUGAGUUAGAUUGCACACAAAAGCAAAUAUUCCUAGAUGUCGCUUGCUUCUUUAAUGGAGAAGACAAAGAUUUUGUUACAAGAAUCCUAGAUGCUUGCAACUUCUUUGCAAAGAGUGGAAUACGUGUCCUUAGUGAUAAGUGCCUCAUAAGUAUUAGAGACAACAACAUAUGGAUGCAUGAUUUGUUACGACAUUUGGGACGUGAUAUUGUUAGACAAGAAUUUCCUGAAGACCCUGGAAAAUGGAGUAGAUUGUGUUAUCCUGAUGUUAUAAGUCAUGUAUUGACAAGAAAAAUGGGAACGGAGGCAUUUAAAGGCAUACUCUUUGACUUGUCUAUACCAAAGUGGAUACACAUUACUACCGAAUCCUUUGUGAUGAUGAAGAAUCUUAGGUUGCUCAAAAUCAUUUUGGAUCGUGAAUCUACUUCUAUGAGGGAUGAUUAUAAAGUAAAGUUGUCCAAAGACUUUGAAUUCCCUUCUUAUGAGCUAAGAUAUCUCUACUGGCAUGGAUAUCCUUUGGAAUAUUUGCCAUCAAGUUUUUAUGCGGAGGACCUUGUAGAACUUGACAUGUGUUAUAGCAGCUUAUAA